UGUCCAAACACAGAGAAAAACUCCUGCUGAAGCAACUGAUCUCCACACUGUUAUAAAGAUGGCGUUUAUUAAAGAGGAGAGUGAAGAUGUGAAGAUUGAAGACACAUUCACAGUCAAACAGGAAGAUCUGCAGGAACAAACAGACUUGGUGGUGCUGAAAGAAGAGACUGAUCAAAUGGAGGAGAAACAGCAGUUUGAGAAACCCCAAGAGAUAAUGACUAAUGAAAAACCCACACUGACUAAAAAGACUUCACGUGGAAGACCUCGGAAACCCAAAUCUGAAUGUCUUUUAAGCUGUAAACAGUGUGGAAAGAGAUACAGUCAAAAGUCACACCUUGAUAUUCACAUGAGAGUUCACACUAAAGAGAAACCUUACACCUGCGAACAGUGUGGAAAGAGUUUUGGUUAUAUACAAGGCUUUAGAACCCACAUGAGAGUUCACACUGGAGAGAGGCCGUACACAUGCCAACAGUGUGGAAAAAGCUUCUACUAUGCAGGAAGCCUUACGGUGCACAUGAGAAUUCACACUGGGGAGAAGCCUUUCAGCUGUGCACAGUGUAGAAAAAGUUUCAGUCAAAAGCAGAACCUUGACAUUCACAUGAAAGUUCACACUAUUGAGAAACCUUACACCUGCGAACAGUGUGGAAAAAGUUUUGGUUAUAUACAAGGCUUUAAAACCCACAUGAGAGUUCACACUGGAGAGAGGCCGUACACAUGCCAACACUGUGGACAAACCUUCUAUCAUGCAGGAAACUUUGCAGUGCACAGGAGAAUUCAUACUGGAGAGAGGCCAUACACAUGCCAACAGUGUGGAAAAACCUUCCAUCAUGGAGGAAACUUUGCAGCACACAUGAGAAUUCACACUGGGGAAAAGCCUUACUCUUGCCCUCAGUGUGGAAAGAGUUUUAAGCAAAAUGGCAACCUUGAAGUCCACAUGAGAACACACACUGGAGAGAGAAUUUUUACUUGCACACAGUGUGGGAAAAGUUUCACUCGAAAACAAAGCCUUCACAUCCACAUGAGGAUUCAUACUGGAGAGAAACCUUACACAUGCACAGAGUGUGGUAAAAGUUUCCCAUAUAAAAACACACUCAAUCACCACAUGACAACUCACACCGAAGAGAAGCCGUUUGCAUGUGCUCAGUGUGGAAAGAGCUUCACAACCAAAGCUAGCCUCAAGAAUCACAUGAAUGGUCACACUGGAACCAUAGUGUUCACAUGUGAUCAGUGUGGAAAGAGUCUCACACGCAAAGACUCCAUUAAGCAACACAUGAAGACUCACUCAAGAGAGGAUCGUCUUAGAUGCAAUGAGUGUGGAAAAGACUUUAAACAUAAAAGAAGCCUCAACACUCACAUGAAGCUUCACAAUGGAGAGCAGAGUCCUCAAAAUUGAGGCCUUGUCCACACAAACACUGGUAUAUUCAAAACGGCAGCUUUUUCAUGUAGUUUGGCUGUUCGUUGAUGUGAAGUUUUGUUACGAGUAGUGUAGUGUAGGCUUGUGUGUGGUUUCUCUCUCGCGCUCUCGCGCUCUUUCUUUCUCUUUUUCUCGCUCUCUCUUUCUUUCUCACUCUAAGUAUUCGCAGGUGCAGCGGAUUACGUUGGGACGGACCAUGAUUGGCGGCGGCUAUAAAAACCUGAAGAGAACAUGGGUUUGAUGGCUCCCCGCUCUCUCUCGAUUUUCCCCGCUCGUACUCCUUGGAGAACGUGAUCCCAUGAGUGUUUGCUUGUAUAUUGAGAUGCCGUUGUGUUAAUUUUUAACCGGCGAUUGAAACCCGGUUUACUGUCUCCCUGUCAGGCUUGGAGCAUGUAGGGAGGUUUGGUGCCUUAUUUGUUAUUUUUGUUUUCUCCUGUGUUUGUUAGUAGGGAUGUAAGUUUUCUGUAUUUUAUUUUAUUUGUUUUCUAGGGAAGUUUAAUCUAAUUUAGUUAGCUUGGUUUAUUGU